CAAUUUCUGAUAGAAAUUCUUAUUCUCUGUUCUCUGUUCCUUUUACAGGAUAUGGUCAAUGCGAUGUUGCAAACGUUUUGAAACGUUUUUAUAUAGUGGAAACUAAAUCACUAUUCAACUGUACACACAGUUGCGAUCGAUUUGGACCAAUUCGGAAGUUCACGCGCUUAGCCUGGAUCUGCAAUAGGUUUUUUAGUCUUAAACUACAAGGAAUGGACGAAUCAUAAUCAAUUAUCCUCCUUGCAUUUAACUGCAAUUGGUCAAUUUCUUAUGACUUAAGACUUAAAACAUCUAUUGUAGAUCCAGACUUAAGCACUUCUAAUCAUUAUUCUGUCUUUAUCAUUCAUUAGAAAAAUAAGAAUUAGUAAAAUAAGAAUAGAAGUACUGAAAACGCUGAAAGCGUCUAAAUCGACCGCAGCCACCAUGUUAUCCCUUCCACCAUGCUCUGGUGACUGGUGUGAUAUAGAACUUGAGAUGUUGAGACAUGUAUGUUUUGCAGGGCAGCAAGAUUGAUCCGGUAGAAGCCAACUUCGAAAAAUUAUGUUUUAUGUGAUAGGAUUAGGUCUAGGUGACGCUAAGGAUGUCACUGUCAAAGGAUUCGAAAUUAUUAGGAAAUGCGACCGCGUCUACCUGGAGUCUUAUACCUCUGUCUUGACAGUACAGCAGGAAACCUUGGAAGAAUUCUAUGGACGUUCCUUGAUAGCAGCUGAUCGCGAGCUAGUGGAGAAUUGUGCGGACGAAAUACUACCAAAGAGAGAAGAUGAAGAUGUUGCUUUUCUGGUUGUAGGAGAUCCUUUCGGAGCUACUACACAUACAGAUCUGGUUUUACGUGCAAAGGAGAAAGAUAUACAGGUGAAAGUCAUACAUAAUUCGUCAAUACUAACUGCAGUUGGUUGCUGUGGUUUGCAACUCUAUUCAUAUGGAGAAAUUGUUUCAAUUCCAUAUUGGAUAGACACUUGGCAACCGGACAGUUUUUAUGAGAAGAUAGCUUCCAAUAGACAGAGAGGGCUGCAUACACUCUGUCUCUUAGACAUUAAGGUUAAAGAACCUACCCUAGAAAGUAUCAUGAAGAAAAAAAAGGAGUACAUGCCUCCAAAAUUCAUGAGUGUCAAUGAAGCUGCUAGUCAGUUGAUAGCGAUACUUGAUAAUAAGAUUCAGGAUGGCCACAAAGAUUUAGCGUUUACACAGCAGAGCUUGGUAGUGGGCUUAGCACGGGUGGGAUGCGAGGAUCAACAUAUUGUCGCUUGUUCCUUACAAAAUAUGACGCGUGUGAACUUGGGACCACCACUGCAUUGCCUCGUUAUACCGGCUGAAAAGCUUCAUCCCCUUGAACUGGAAUUUCUAAUGCAGUAUGCUCUCGACAAGGAUCAAUUCAAAGAAAUGAUGCAACAAUCAUAACUUUUUUUUAUCUUAGAAAAGAUAGAGUAAAUUCUAUGUUUUGUACAGCAACUUAAAAUAAAUUAAAUUGUAUAUUAAACUAUUAAAAAAUAUAUUUAUCUUAAAUGCAAGAUGUAUA